CAAUCGAUCACUUUGGUAAAGGGAAGAAACAGACAGAACACCACGCUGAGCUAAAUCAAAAUUUCAGAGAUGGAAAACUCAGCAAAGCAGGCAUCAUUGCUUUUGGCGUUUUCAAGGCCGAGAGAGAGAGAGACUGACUAGCACCAGCAUCGCGAUCGGAGAAUGGAGGCCCUGAGAGCUACGUACGGCGACGACUCCGACUCCGACUCCGGCUCCGGCUCCUCCGCCUCCGUUCCUCCCCGGCGUCCAUCUGCUCCUGGUCUUCCCUCGCCCCCUCUCUCCCUCCUCGCCCCUCCCAAUUCCCUCGAUUCCCACCCAACCGGCCAGCCGAGUCGAGUCCGGAGCUUCCCUCACGUCAAAGGCAAUUACGCCCUCCACGUUUAUAUCCCUGUUCAUAUAUCGGGUCCGCAAAGAAAGGAGAUAGCCCUCUUCCUGAAGAAAGUCGCGUCCGUGGUGCCCGGUCUUUUCGUGGUUGAUGCAGACGUGCCGCUUGAGCUCCUGUGCCGAGAUGAUCAGAAGCUCGAACAAGUUGCCGUGGGGAGGGAAUUCCACAUCAGUCUGGGCAGGACCCUGCCUAUCCGAGUCCACCAGAUCGACUCUAUGGUUUCCAUGCUUCGCCAGAAGCUCCAGUUUCACAAACCGUAUUGGAUUGAUUUCGAUAAAUGGGAAGUAUUCAUCAAUGAUGACAGCACAAGAUCUUUCCUUUCGCUUGAAGUCACGAGCCGAGGAUUAGCUGAGAUUACAAAGCAAAUUCAACUGGUCAAUGACGUCUAUAGGCGCCACAAUCUUCCUGAGUUUUAUAAGAAUCCUCGCCCUCAUAUAUCUUUAGCUUGGGCCUUGGGCGAUGUCCACGAGUCCCUGCAGAAGGCGGUUGAAGAGAUGAAGAGGAGCGCAAACUUUGGGAAACCAUCUGCGAAAUGUAUCUUCGCCAGUAAAUUUGGUGGGAUUGAGUGUAAGAUUGGUCACAAAAUACACAAAAUAUGUAAGCUUCCAGACGAGUGAAGCAAUAUUGAAUUGAACAUACUAUAUCAUGGAGAAGCAGUGCCAUGGAUUUCCGGGCUGCACUAAAAUAGUCUCUUCGUCCAAAUAUAUGAUAAAUGGCUUUCGAUGAAA